GGACGCAACUGCACGCUUGCUGCAUGAUUAAUAUUUGAGGGAACGCGUGCCAUGCUAAUGCGUUUUUAUAGUGCGAAUUGGGCAAACAAACCCUUGCGGAGAGUAAUUAAGGGCGAUUGUUAUCGUUCGAUAGUUCUGGAAUGCUUCUUAGAUGGUGUUAGAUAAUCGAAGGAAAUCAUUUAUCACUUUCAUCCCGCGUCCGGAGCAGUCCAUUUGGGACAAACAGUUCGUUCGUUUCUAGAUCUACGUUGUGGUCUAGCUUUAGCUCAUUUUACUUUAACAAAAUUAAUUGUAAAUCAAUAUCCUCAUACCUUGAACGCCAAUCUGAAACCACGACUCGACUCAAGAUCGACCCGAUGUUCUGUAAGGUCAACUCCAAAGCGAACAAAAUUAAUUCAUUGUUGCCAAACCAGCCGGCAGACCACUGCCUGGUCCGCUUCUGAGAGGGUUAACAGAUCCUCAUCAACGCUGCGCUCGACGGGGAGCAUUCUGUUUAUUUUAAGAGCCAUCUUUGGUGAAGGGUUCCGGUUUGGUAGGCUCGCGAAACUCGUUCCGCGCACAGAAGAAUCGGAAAGCCGAACGACGCAUAGACACACCGCAGCAAGAACCAUCCGCAAUGGGCGUAUGGCUUUGGCACUGAGUGGAGGGGCGGUUGUAAAGGGUGUUUGCGGUGUGCUGGAAAAUCCCCCAACUGGUUCCGAUGGCCAGAAGGUGACGUCACGCCGCAUGCGAUAGAGGAAGAAGCGACCCGACCGAUCCGGUUGAACGCACCCCCUCGCGUACGGUGAUGGCACCCGCAUCUUUGCAGUCCGGGGUUUGGGCUUGCUUCGGAGGACGGAGAGCGGUGACAUCGGUGGUGGAGAUUGUCGUUCAUCUUGAAAUUCGAUUCUCUUUCUUCUGGCGGAGACACGAGUGAGCGCAUGCGAGCGCGAUACGCUUGGACUUCGGGCUUCGACGCGCCCAAUCGAUGCGGCGUAGAGCGAUAAUCCAGCUGUGCGCGUUCUUUGAAGGUUAUGGGGUUUUGUCGGCAUUUGUCCUCGCGGUUUUUGCCUCGUGCGCGCUGCUGCCGGUCGUUAGUCGCGGCUUCGUUGUCGAGCUGCGUUGUCCGAACGGGGAUCGUACGCGCUUCGCUCUUUGUUGUUGGCAAAACAUUCUAAAGCCCAAUGUGGCCAUCCAACGUGGCUCUAGUGGUGGUGGUGCUGGUGGUGGUGGUUGGUGCAGUGAGAGCUGGAUGUGACCAGUCGUGUCAGACGCGGGCGGCCAAACCGCAGCCGGGACGCUGUGUCCCGGUGGCCAAGUGUCCCUCGAUCAAGCAACACCUGCUGCGGUUGCAGUUUCGUGCGGCCGAUCAGUUCGAAGCGUUUCUGAGCGAGCGUGCCUGCAGCCACGGCAAGGAUGGGACGCUGCAUCUGUGCUGCACCGGGAAGGUAGCGACCGAUCGUCGCACAGAGCUGGCACCGAACGAAGCCCUCGAGUGUCCCGUCGACUGCGUGCCGAUCGAAGACUGUCCGGCAGUUUACGGGCGCAGUAUGGUGCUGCAGAAGCGGUACGAUCGUCGCCUGCACAAGCUGCUGCGCGACAACUUCUACGAGCAGGCGGGCCAGCUGUACGUGUGUUGCGAUCCGGAGCGCUAUCCCAACUCGAACACCGCCGCCACCCGGCAGCUGGCCAAGCGCGUAAGCUGGCAACCGUGCGUGACACCGUUCGGGGACGAUGGGAAGUGUGUGCCGCCGGCCCGCUGCGCCAUGGUCGACGACCCGAACACCAUCGCGUCCGAGCUGGAGGCGUUCGCGAUCGGGUGCGAUCCGGUCGCGAACCAGUCGCAGCUCUGCUGCACCGAGCAGCUGCUCAUCUUCGACCAGGAAGCGGGCAAGGAGUGCGAAACGAAGGCUGGGCUGGAGGGUCUGUGCACGGAAUCGGAACGCUGCCUAGAUUUCAUCGAGUCCGAGAGCAAGGACGUGUACGUGCGGCAGAACUGGUGCUACACGAACCUGCAGCAGGUGGACUAUUUGUGCUGCGCGCGGGACCGCAUCAAGGAGCCUCCACAGGUUGAAUUUGGAAUACGUGCCGGGGAAGAUCUAACGGCCUGCUCGACGGUGAUCAAUAGACCAGGAUUUUGUGUUCCGCUGGCGCAAUGUGGACCGGUGGCGAGGUUGCUGCGUCAAAUAUCUACCCGUGGAACGACCGCCACACCGGAUGAGGCACGCUUCCUGCGGGCAUCGAUUUGUCCUACGCCGGAAGGGGCCACCGGGUAUCAUGUGUGCUGUGAUGUGACGGCCGUACAAACUACGACUACACCAGCUCCUACCACCCAGCCACCGACCACUGUUGCUGCAGCCCCAGCCACAGCGAGUCUGGUCAAUCAUCCUAACAUACGACUUUUCGAUCGGACGAACUGUGGUCUCCCGGGGACGGUAAAUAAAAUCGCCUUCGGUCAGCAGGCACGGCUGUUCCAGUAUCCCUGGAUGGCCAUGAUCGUGUACGUGUCCAACACAACCGGCACGGAAAGUUCGGAAUGUGCCGGUACGAUCAUCAACGUGCGGUACGUGCUUACAGCGGCACACUGUAUCGACGGUCAGAUGGAACGGAUGCGAUACGUACGAAUCGGAGAGUAUGAUACGCGCACAGAUCCUGACUGCGAGGAGGACACUUGCGCUGCGCCAAUCCAACGCUACGGAGUGGAGGAUGCGAUCUUCCAUCCCAACUUUACCCGCAUCGUACGUUCCGGGCAUGAUAUCGGACUGCUGCGGUUGAACCGUUCGAUCGACUUCAGCUCAGGAGACGUAUCGCCCGUCUGUCUACCGUUUACCACCGGGCUGAUGGGAUUCGAUCCGACGCUGUACUGGAUCACGGGUUGGGGAUUGACGGAGCGGCUCGAGGUCAGCCCGGUGCUGCUGCAGGCACGCAUCCCGCCCGUAUCCUGCAGUCUGAGCAGCUACGCCAUCUGUGCCGGGUUUGGCAAUGCGACGCUGCACUGUGAGGGUGAUUCGGGCGGCCCGAUGAAGGCGCAGGUCCCGGAGUACAACUUCCGGUUCGUGCAGUACGGUGUGAUAUCGGCCGGACCGCGCUGUGGCACGCAGGGUGUGCCCGGCAUCAGUUCGCGCGUUUCAUUCUUUAUGCAAUGGAUAUUGGACAAUAUAAAAGCCUAAGUAGAUCGUA